CCAUGCUGAUGAUCACUUGGAACAUAAUCAAUCAUGCCCAGCCUGAGCCUGCUCUUCUAUCCUUGGCUCAAAUUAUAUAGCAAAUAACCUGAUUUGUAACUUUUAUAGAUGUGUGACCUGUCUCCUCAACCAGAUUGGGUCCUAAGAAGCAAUGGCCACGGAAGCCUCUGUGAACAUAGCUCCCCCUGAACACAGCUCUGUGGUCAGCACAGUGGCCGACAGCUUCGCCUGGCAGCCACAUGCACUGAACAUGCACCUCAUAAGGCCCAAGUCCGCCAAGGGUCGCAUGCGGUCAAGUCUGCACAAACCCCAGGACACAGGGAUGUACUCACAUGACACACGUUCUUCUCUGCCUCCAGCAAUUCCUUGCAAGUCCCCAAGCAGCCAGAAACCAGGAGGCUGUGCACCCAGACCUCCCAAUCAGGGAGCUUCCGAUGGGAUCUCUGAGCUGCUGCAGCAGGUGCCCACUGGGGCUUCCUCUUCCCUCAAUAAAUACCCAGUUCUUCCUUCCAUCAGCAGGAAGACCCUGCAGGAGGGGGCGGUGGAAACAGUAGCUCAAAAGGCCGGCUCACUGCACCUGAGCAGCACACAGGGUCUUUACCAAGAGGAGACCUGCUCCAUGAAGACAAGCAAAGAAGAUUCCAGAGCUCAAGCCUGUUCCCCAGAGAGAAAAUUCAUCCAAAACAAGAGACAGACCUCCCCCAGGGCUGGAGAUCUGGAGGAACCGUCAGAUCAAGAGCCAAGGCUGCUGCUUGCUGUCAGGUCACCGUCAGGCCGAAGGUUUGUACACCACUUCCGACCAACUGAUGACCUGCAAACCGUUGUUGCUGUAGCUGAGCACAAGAACAAAGCCAGCUACGAGCACUGCAGCAUCGAAACAAUGGAGGUGCCCCGGAGAUGCCUCUCUGAUCUCACCAAAUCUCUGCAAGAGUGCGGAAUCCCCCACAAGUCGGUGCUGGGCAUCUCACAGGGAGGUGGGGCAGGGGGGCCCUGAGUCCACAGCCACCCAGCUGGGGUCCUGGGUCUCUGAGCAAGAAGUGUGCUUGGGUGCCUUGGCAUCCUGGGCAGCGUGGUGUCAAGUGCCAUGGCACCGUGGUGCCGCUGGGACUGGGACUCCUGUCUUCACAGCAUCACCUUUGAGGCAGGGAUAUUUGCACACCCACCAAGCACAUCAAGAAGAUUCUCUUCCAGUUGCUAAAUUCUGGAGUGAACUGGCAAGUUACCGAGGCUGUUCCUCAAACGGCUGUGACCAGGCCUCCCUUUUUCUAGAGUUUUGGGCCCUGUCCAGAGCACCUGCUUGCCUUUACAAUGAACUCCCAUUCUCUUGAAGCCAGUGGUUUGUCUCUGCAUUUGAUGCAGGAUUAAACACUUCCUAGAGGGGAUUCUAGCCUGGUAAAUAACUAGGGUUCAGGAAAUGUCAAGCUGGCAUUUGUAAGUCUCAGCAAGCAUCCUUAAGAAACAGGUGGUUGGCCCUAUCUUGGAAGCAGCCCCUCUGCUGGGUCUGGGUGACUAGAGUUCCUUGGGGAUGACUGUUGUUUUGUGUGAGGGGGUCUCAGGGGAAAGAGCAGGUAUUUUGCUAAUACAAAUCCCUAAUACCUCCACAUUUCUAAAAUCACUGGGAACUGGAAAGUAAAUUGCUUCCCCAGCCGUAGAUUAGUCACGCAGCUUCUUUUAAGUAGAGAAUAACUAGGUUUACAACUUUUGGUAGCUAUUCUCUGUGCAUACAGUUCUUCCCAAACUUUGGAAAGCCAUUGUAACCUCAUUUCCUUUGCUUUUGUCAGUCAUGGCAUGUUUUGUUCUUAAAUCAUACAAACCUACAGGCCUGUGCAAGUUGGCGCUGAAGGCCUCGGGCUUACCUGGGUGUGGAUGCAUUGUUUUAUCCCCCAGUUUCCAUGUCCUACCUACUACACACAUGGAGGCCCCCUAGUGCCCAGUGGCUCUUAGACUUAGAAGCCCCCGGAGGGGAAGGGCCCCUCAGUUUGUUGUCACUUACUCACUGUGCCCAUGUGGUCCUGUUGAUUGGCAGGAAGUGCGGCUGACUGCCUGAGCCUGCAACUGUGUUGAAAACCACAGUCUUCUUUUUCCAAUCCUGAAGAGGUGACAUGGAUAAUUUGCCAAAGUUUUCUUGUAUUGUGAGUUCAGCCAGACUCCCGCGUCUCAUCUGGACCUUCUUUAUGGCCAAAUCACCAUUGAAAGUAGGGAAUCUUAUCCCCCCAGGGCUUGGCCACUGUGAAGCCUUGGGUGCUGAUAAUACACUCCCACCUCCUAGGUACACAGAGAAGGCAGGAGUUGGGGAAGCAUAUCAGUGUUGCAACCUCAACAACAAGCACAUCGUGGGCGUAGAUAAGGAAUGUGGCUGGAAAUGUAACUCCCCGUAAAUUGAUACUAGCCAUGGAGAUUAACACCAACAUAGUUUCCUCUGAAGAAGGCUUGCUUUGUCCUAACUGCAUCCCACACCACACAGAUCACUCAAGAUAGGUUAUUUCUGAAUGUUCAGCAAAAUUUCUCAAUAACCUCUUGUUUGGUCAACAGCUCCUUUGACUGCAAAGGUCAUCUGGGGCUUGCGGUGCCCUCUGCAGCGCACAUGACUGGCCACAGCUCCCAGUUACCGACCCCGGCAGAAGAGGCUGGUGGCUUGAGUCUGGUACUCAGUACAGAUUCACCUCCCACCUAAAACUGUGCCUCUGAUCUGGAAGGCUGGGGGAAGAGCCUCCCACAAAAUUACACCUACUCUGUGGUAAGAAUAAAAUCCCACCCACCUGGGACCGAGUAAUUUCUCUAGGCAGGAAACCUUUAGAAAACUUCAGUAAAAUGCAGCAUGCUUGAGGGUUAGAAUCUUCUGCACUUGGGGUUUGCUUCUGCUGUUUAGCUUAGAAUUUGGGGGUGGUGAAAAAAAUGGAAGGCAUGAGGCAUAGGAAUGUUUUAGGAUAUUUUAGGAUAUAUGAAUAAAACUAGAUUUGAACCACCUUAA